AUGCUUGAAGCUCCUCAAUCUGUUUGGCAAGCAUAUGCUCUGGAUCCAGACGAUUACAUGCAAGGAACUGGAGAUGGGUUAGAGGAUAUAGAUGUUGAUGCUCCUGUGAGUAGUCCUACAUAUGCUCAUUCUAAAGAAGAUUUGAGUACACAACGAAAGAGAAAAAGAAGAAAUAGUUGGGAUCCUUUGAUGAACAGCUUGAAAGAUUCGGCAGAUAUAAUUGGUUCAAAGAUUGAUAACGCAACA